AUGCGAUGUCUGGAAUCCAACCGGACGUGUAAAGGGUAUGUGGAGCAGGCCAAUAGCAAACACAUCUUCCGACAACAUGUGGUAAAGGACAGUACCAAAGUCCCAUUACCAUCUGAAUCACAGGCACGAAAAUGCUCCUUACCCGCUCGAGUCCCAGCCCCGGGCACGAGCUUCAUACCAGAUGAUCUGCCCCCCAAGGAGGAAACGGAGGAGAGCAUCGAAGGCCUAGCGCUGCGAGCAUUCUUCUAUGAUUACUGUGUCCCUUCGACGAAUCUUUCGCUCUCUCGAGGGUUCUUUCAUGGUAUAGAGCGGAUGGUCCACCACCGAGGGUCUUCAUCGGACUUUGCCCAAGCAUGCAAGGCGGUCGCAUUCGCCAGUCAUGGUAUCAAACUGCGAAGGCCUCUCCUAACGCAAAACGCGGGCAUGCUUUACCACCGACUGAUUGCGUCUUUGGCGCGUGAGAUGAGUGGAAGUGACUUGUCACCCAGAUCCUUGGACGUGCUGGCCAUUGUUGUGUUGCUUGGAGUAUACGAGAUGAUUGUUGCCGACGACAUGCACCCAGGAUAUCAUGGCAUCCAUGCGGGUGGAAUGGCAGCAGUACUGCGGAUCGAAAAUUCUCCCUUGGGUCUGUUAAAGGCCGUGAAAUCAAAGCACCAUCUGCUAGACGGUAGCAGCACACGAGGGUUAUUUUCACCGAAUGCCGGUAGUGAAAAGCCUGGACUGGACAAUAUUCUGCUUGACAUGAGCUCUUUCUUGGAGCGGGCGAAAGACCUCUCCAAUCAUUCUCCAGAAAACCUCCGCGUCCUUUGCUGGGAGGCUAGGGAGCUCAACGAGCACCUCGCACAGUGGCAGGAUGAACGCCCAACUGUUUUCAAGCUUACCACUGUCGGUCAAGUGGUUCACAAACCGCCUUUUCCGACUCCGGAAGCGGGAUACUGGUCAGGAAAUGUGGAUGUGUAUUUCGACUUGUAUGUCGCGGCUGCCUGGAAUAUCUCGCGUGUAGCUCGAUGCUUCCUCAUCGACCUCAUCCUUAGGAUUUCCGAAACGCUUCAGGAUGGCAUGAGUACCAUGCGAGAGAAAGCGGAUGCCAGUCGUCAAAUCAAUGACAUGUUAUCUUCCAUUCCGUACCAUCUUUGCGAAGAUCUACCAAGCUUUCUCCGAGACUUGGAAAGUUCAUCGGGGAUCCGCGGUCCAGGGCGAGCGGUUGGCGGUUUGCUAUUAAUGCAUCCAAUCUUUGCGCUGUCUCAACUGAAUGUUGUACUUCCAGACACGAAAGAGUAUUUGCGAAGGUGUUUGGAGUGGAUCAGUGUGCACAUGGGAAUUGGAGAGGCUGCUCGAUUGGCCAAGGCCGAGGAGAUCGACAUGCAGAACUUAGGCUCCGGCUGUAUGAUUGUCUGGAUGGGGUUCUUGCUGUAG